AAAAAAAUGCCAACAUAGCUAUUGAAACAUGCUCAGAGCUCUCCCCGAGCAUUCUCAUUCUUGCAUUGACUGUGUUUUGAGAAUCGGCCAUUGGUUCUGUCGAGAAUCGGCUAUGGAUAAUGUACUGGUCCAGCGAGGAGCUCGGGCCUUUCAGUUAUCAUAUUCUCAUUCAUAUUACCCAACGCUCAGGUCGAUGGCUGCGAGCAAUGCAAUUCCAAAUCUUCGGAAAUCAUUAUUCAUGACUUGGGACGGGCUUAAGAAGAGAGGGAUGAAACAGAAACAGACACACAUUACAGUGGCGUAUUACAUUAAAGAUAUACCUGCGAGGGACAGCAUAAUACACUUUGGAAAAUACGAGGGAAGAAUGCUGGGAACGUUGCCCUCCAAAUACUUGAGAUGGAUGAUGAAAAAAAGAUACCCAGAUGCAGAAUGGUCUGCCAUGGCAGAAGAAGUGUUGGAAGACCCAGUUUACAGAGACAGGAUGGAAUGGGAGGCACUUGAUGAAGCAAUGAAGGGUAGUGGUAAACUUCUUACUAAAAGGUCCUCUACUCCCUAUAUCACCGAUUUCCAUAGAUUUUCCGCGAGAUUUGGUUGGGAUCCUUGGGGCGACUGGGACAUUGAUUAUAAUCUUUUGGGUACCUCCAAGGGUAAAAGGAUUCCUAGAAUUAAAGACAAUCCACGACAUGAGCACCUAUUAAAUUUGGUGAUGCAGAAAAAGGGGAUGAUGACCACUUCUCUAAGGGAAGCUUUGUUAUCUGAAAAUGCUGAAGACAAGCUUGAUCAUAAAAGCAAUGGUAAUGGUUCUACAGAAUUGAAAUCAGAAAUUGAAAUGAGAAGAGAUGCAAGAAGAGAGAGGCAGAGAUUGAGAAAAGGUCCCGUGAAAAGUCAAUUAAAGCAGCAGCCAGGAGAGGGCAGGCUUUUUCCUGGUAGGGGAGCCCUGCUAAGAAGAAUCGAUGAUGCUGAAUCAAGAGAAACUCAAUUGAAGCAGCAGCCAGGAGAUGGCAGGCUUUUUUAUGGUAGGGGAGCCCUGCUAAGAAGGAUCAAUGAUGCCGAAUCAAGAGAUUGACUGAGUAUAGAGUAUUGCCCUUACACUUUAUAAUCGCAGAGUAACUAGGACUUUGUAUUUUUAAAAUAUCUGAAGCAUUUGUGCUUGUAAGUAUCCGAAGCUUUUGGGUGUAUUUUUUAUGUUAUUUAUAGUGUUUGUUCCUUUAAAAGGAUGAAAGCAGGCCAGAAGAUCCACCAAAGUGUAAGUUGUUGUUUACAUCAUUGGUUCUUUGAAUGUCUAGUCCAUAAGUAUUUUCGUCAA